AUGUCCAAGAUGCGUCUCGGCUGGUAUGCUGGGGUCUCGACGGCCCUUGCGGGUGCCGUCAUCAUGUCCGCCUUCCAUCAGCGUGCAAACUUCUACUCGGCCAUGGUCUAUCUCGCCCAGAGCAACUUUUGUUUGCUGGCGCUGGUCAACUUCUCCCUGCUGCUUUAUAGCAGCUUUGUCUACGGCUUGACGCGACUAUGCUACGGCACUCUGCGAGCCGUCGAGGUCGAGCAACUCACAGAACGAGCUUGGUUCGCCAUCACAGAAACAUGCCUGGCCAUGACCAUAUUCAGAGAGGAGAUAGGAGCCUGGUUUCUAGUCAUGUUCACGGCACUUGUUACGGGAAAGGUCUGGGGUUGGAUAGGCGACGGCCGGGUCGAGUUCCUUGAACAACAGCCGCCUCCGAACCCGAGACUCUUCCACCUCCGCCUCAGCAUCUCUCUCGCCAUGAGCUUUCUCUACGACGUCUGGAUACUGCGCUAUGCGGUUCAUAAUGUGAUUCAGCAGGCUCGUCCAAACAUGAUGGUCAUGUUUCUCUUCGAAUUCGCAGUGCUGGCAACCUGUUCCUGGCGGACUGGGGCUAGAUACAUCCUCGUCCUCGCCGAACAGAACAUUGUCAAGGUUCAAACAAGGAAGCGCCUGCUAGAGAGGAGACAAGAGGUCAGGGAGCAGCGGGAGUCCAUCAUUCGUCAGCGACAGCAGGCUGCCGCGGCCGGAGAGGAAACGCCCGCCAAUGACGAACCGCUACCGAGCGAGGAUGACGUCGACGAGAUGGACAUUGAAGUGCCUGGUUGGGCCACCAAGGGCGAAUGGGUAUUGUGGCUGGAUUUAUUGAGUGAAGACAUGAUCAAGCUCGGCAUCUACGUUGCCUUCUUCUUCAUGCUCCUCAUGUUCUAUGGGCUUCCCAUACACAUCAUGAGGGACCUGUUCAUGACGUCACGAGACUUUGUCAAGAGACUGCAUGCCUUGUUGCGUUACCGUCGAGCUAUUCAGGAAAUGAAUCGAUACCCCGACGCAACCGCCGAAGACCUCGCUCAGGAGAACACAUGCAUCAUCUGCCGCGAGGAAAUGAGGCCUUGGGACCCUGUAGGCAACCCUAGCGCCAUCGAUCGAGUGCGCCCCAAGAAGCUUCCAUGCAGCCACAUUCUGCAUCUGGGCUGCCUCAAGAGCUGGCUCGAGCGUCAGCAAGUGUGUCCUACUUGCAGGAGUCCGGUCACGGCAGACCGCGCCCGUCAACAAGCUCCCGCGGGCAACGACGAGGCGGCGGUUGGUCAACGGCGACAGGAUGAGCAGCAACGGGCUCCCAGAGAGGGGGGCCCGCGCAUAUUCAACCUCGGACCCAUUCGUCUGGGGUUUGGUGGCAACAAUCAGCAGGUUCGAGAGCUCGCGCGACAGUUCGGCGUGCCGCAGAUCGCCGGUCAUCCGCCUCCGGCGGCUGCUCCGGCUCCAACGCCCACGCAGAGCCAACCUACCAUUGGCGACAAUAUCCAAAGCAUUGGCAAUCUUAUCCAGCAGUCAGAACAGAUGGUGCAAAGAGAGAUGCAGCGUCUGCACAUGGCCCAGCAAGAGCUCCAGAUUGCGCAACUGCUCAUGGUCGAGCUGCAACGGCUGCAACAGCGUGCCUGCUCAAGGGCACCAACCACAGUUUCCGGGCCUGCCGAUUUUCCCCGGCGCUCCACCGCGAUCGGGGAGUCCGCUCAUGGCCCGCCUCGGGGCGACAGGAAACACGCCCGCCAUUCCCGCGGGUAG